UCGAACGGCUGGGAUCCUUCGCGCCAAGCGCGGACCCUUCGCCCGCGGGAAUCGCUGCCUUGUCAGCCGGCGGCAUGCGUACCUCGCCCGUCCUCCCGGGUCACACGGCCCCCGGAGGAUGGGCGGGUGGCUGCUGAAAUAGGAACCGCCUCGUUUUUCAUCUGACGUUGUCUAGAGGUCCCUGUGAAUUAAAUUCUGGUUCAGAGAUGGAGACGUCUGGCUCAUCUUCUACCAUCUCUGAGCAGCAGCUGUGGAGUCAAGAGGGACUGAGCAAUGCCACAACAGACUUGGCUGAGCAGAGCCUCAUCUCAUCCGAGGAAUGGCUUCAACUGCAUGGGCUUAAGAGCAACAAAUUGACCUUGAAACAGAUUUUGUCACAGAUUGGAUUCCCACAUUGUGAAGAUUAUGUGACUUCUCUGGGGAGACCUGUGGCUUCCCGCUAUGCAGAUGGUCUGUUUCCACAGUUCUACAGAGCGGAAGAUGGCAGAGUAUACAACUUGACAGCCAAAUCAGAGCUCAUCUGUCAGUUUGUGGAGGACUUAGCAGAGGCCGUGGAGACCUACAAGCUGCGGAUGGACUGGCUCACUAGCAAAAGCCGGCAGAUUUUUGGUGUCAUCUUGGAACAAUGCAUCACCAUAGUGCUGGAUUUUGGUGGCAUGCUGGAGGAGGAGCUUAAUCUGUGCCAAGAUGCUCUAAUAAUGGUCCUCCAGGAGCAGGUGUCUCACAUAGCCAAGUUCAAUAUCAUAUGGGUUUCUCAAGAGCCUGUGAAAUGGCAGGAAAAUGCUACUCCUGUGACAGAACAGUCCAUCGCUGCUGCCAUCAGUUGGGUUGAGAAACUGACUUUCGAGCUGGCUGUGAGCCAGUCUAGCCGCCUGGACGCUCUGCUGGAAGCUGGGAAAGACACCACCAUUGAAUCCAUUUACUACUUUGUGGUGGGGGACGUUCCUGAGGAGUGCAAGGAGCUUCUCCUUGAGAGCGCUUUGGAGAGCCCGUAUCCUGUCUGCACGGUGUCCUUCAACGCCAGAGGAGAAGGCACUGUAGCUUUCUUAAAGGACCUGAGCGCCAAGACCUGCAGCAGAUUCCACGCAUUUGCAGAGAGAACAGGGUGUGUGGAAUUUCCCGCCUUCCCCAUCAAGGAUGGUGGCAGUGUCAGUACUUGGAACUCAAGGAAACUGAAAGGACAACUCCCUCCAGGAGCCGGGGUCAGAGAGGACGUGUUUCUCAUUUGGAAGGAGAUGGAGGAAGCCUGCAGCACGCUGGCCCAGAUUCAGAGGCUGGUGGCUGAGCUUCCCAAGUCCGCCGUGGCCACAACGGACUGUGAAACAGAAUCUGGAGCAACCUCUGUUGAGAACGAGUCAAAUCCAGAAGUCACUUGGGACUCUAAGAAGUGGCUCCAGAAACAUGGCUUGAAAGCCCAGAGGCUGUCAUUUUAUGAUGUCCUUGCUGACUGCGCCUUCCGCCACGCUGACGGAGUUGUUGAUAUAAAAGCCAAACCGGAGAACGAGUCCGUGCAGACUAGUGCGGAGACCAACAAGAAGACAAUCCAUGCAAAAUACUGCAGCAGGUUUGUCCAUGCUCCCUGGAAGGACGGGAGUUUGGUCCACGUCUGCAUUACCAAGGAGAAGUGCACAUGGUACAGUGAGAGAGUUCAUGCAGUCCUGGCCUGCAUCCAGAGGAGAAUUAAAUGGCUACAGGAGAGGAGUCAAAUGCUCUUUGGAAAAUUGCAUAAUGAUUGCGUGUACAUUCUCGUUGAUACAUCUCACUCAAUGAAGGGAAAACUGGACUUGGUGAAGGACAAGAUCAUCCAGUUUAUACAGGAACAGCUGAAAUAUAAAAGGAAAUUCAAUUUUGUGCAGUUUGAUGCUCAAGCAAUUGCUUGGAGGGAAAAACUUGUUGAAAUUGAUGAAGAUAAUUUGAAAAGGGCUCAGUCCUGGGUUAGAGACAUUAAGAUUGGAAGUUCCACGAACACCCUGAAUGCCCUGCAAAUUGCUUUUGCUGAUAAAGAAACACAAGCAAUCUACCUUUUGACAGAUGGGAGGCCUGAUCAGCCACUUGAAAUGGUUAUAGACCAAGUGAAAGUUUUUCAGAAAAUUCCUAUUUACACCAUCUCCUUCAAUUAUAAUGAUGAGAUUGCAAAUGGAUUUUUGAAAGAGCUUGCUGCUUUGACUGGAGGACAGUUCCAUUCUUAUGAUUUUGGCUGCAAGGAUCCUUGUCCUUCAGAGGCUGUUCAGAAUGAAGAUCUGACACUUCUGAUUAAGGAAAUAGAGCAGGGACGCAGUGACCUGGAGAAGGUGCAGAACCUUUAUUCGGAGUCCUUGAUCAUGGACUGGUGGUACAACGGAGAGAAGGAAGGCGACAAUAAGCAUCAAAAAGAGAUCUGUUCUAUGGUUUCAACUCCAGAAAAAUGUGGAAAACCUUACUCUGAUGUCGAAUCAGCACGAACGUCAUCCCUAAAUAUGUUGAAAGUACCAGGGGACCUUUCAAACCAAAAGACUCAGAAAAAGAAAGUGCUCCACGCAGAAUCAACCAAAACCAGCCUGCUCAGAAGCCAGAUGUCCACCCUCAAGAGCUCAGCUUGCAGUGAGAGGAAGGACGGCCUUUCCCAUUCCAGCAGCUGGAACUCUCCACGUGACAGAGAAAUGAGCAUCCUGCUGGCAAAUGGGUAUCCAGACGACAAAGCAUUAGAAAGAUUGACUCUAGAGGGUAGCCAGGUUUAUGACCAAGAUUCUUUAGCUGUGUCUUCAGCAACCUGGCUCAAGACGCACGGCUUGGUCGCCAAGAAGCUCACCAUCAUGGAUGCCUUGUCAGUGACAGCGGUCCCUCACAGCCCCACCUAUGUUCCCAUUCUGGACAAGCAUGUUGUUUCCAAGGUCUUCGAUGAGGUGUUCCCUCUGGCACAUGUGUGCCACGACACAAAUAAGAUGACACUAAUUAACCCCCAAGGAGUCAACCUCAACAUCUACAAGCAAAAAGUAGAACAGGCAAUUAAGUCCUAUGAAAGGCACUUGAAUAAAAUUGUUUGGCGAGCAUUAUCUCAAGAGGAAAAAGAAAAGUUAGAUGCAAACAAACCAAUCCAGUACUUGGAAAACAAGGCAGCUUUAAACGAGGCAUUAGAACGGUUGAAUUGGCCCAUUUCAUUGAAGGAGUUGUCAAUGCUGGAAAAUGAAAUCCUAGCUGGGAAAAUCUACGUCCAGCAGGCCAUGGAACUCCAGGAGUCUGCCAAGAAGAAUUACGUGAGCAAGGCACUGGGAGAGCAAGAGAAGUUUCAAGAGAAUCCAACAAAGAAAAUCAAAUCAAAAAAAUUGGAUCCCCUCAAAGGCCAGAAGGUUAUUGCAAGAUGUGAUGAAAAUGGCUUUUAUUUUCCAGGGGUUGUGAAGAAGUGCGUGAGCCCCACCCAGGCACUGGUGGGCUUCACAUAUGGGGACACCAAGAUUGUGCCCACUUCGUUCAUCACACCUGUCGGGGGCGCCAUGCCCUGCCCGCUACUCCAGGUUGGAGAUUAUGUGUUUGCCAAAAUUGUGGUCCCCAACGGCUUUGACUUCUACGUCCCUGCCAUUGUCAUAGCACUUCCGAAUCAGAAUGUGGCCGAAGACAAGUUCUACACGGUUUUGAAGUGUAACAAUCGGAGAGAAUUCUGCCUGCGGAGUGCACUUAUUAAGAUCAGCCAGAACAAGUAUGUUCUCUCUUGCUCUCAUAUAAAGUCACUCCCAAUGCAGGACUCAAAAAUGGAGGAUGUGGACACAAGGAACUCUACUUUCCUCGUACGGGCACUCAGAGAAGUUGACACUAGGGAUUUACAAGAGCUGAGACAGGAGAACCCUAGAAGGAAGAAAAAGAAACCCGCCAAGAGGCUGCCUCUCCAGGAGAUGGUGUCAUUGGACUCAGACGACUCUUCUCGUGGCAUCAGGUCCCAAGAAUCCUACCACAAGAAACACCCCAAACCCAAGGUGGGAGGGGGGUGACAUCGUUUAUUUUCAGAACACCCUGAAAUCUCUCUCAAGAAUAGAGCAUUUGAGAUCACUCCCCAGUUUCCAGGGCAGUUUAGGUCCCAGUAAAGCAAAAACUCUAACACCCUUAAGUAGGGCUGACAUCCACUUCCCCAGAGAAGGUCCUCAGCCUGGGGUCUAGGAGGCAGCCAGCCACAACAUUGCCGCCACACUUCCACCUCUAGCACUUCCUGCUCUGCCCUCAUAGAGCCACCCACAGCAGCAAAAGGCUGAAGACCUUAAAACAGUCCAGUGGCAACCGUGUUUAAGAAAGCCAGCGUUCCUCCAGGGCUGCCCACACCUCAGCCACUUGACACUGUGACACUUGCUCCUCUGCUGAGACAAGGCCACCCUUGAUUCUACCUGUGCCUUCCCUGUUUCUAAAAAAGGUGGACUCCCCUGUCAUCUCCCACCCGGACCUCCUCCCUGUUUGAGCUUAUUGGUUCCGGCUUUUCCUGACCAUUCAUCACCCUAGUAUUUUCCCUGUCCUGACAAAACUGCCCUCAGUCCUCUGGUAGACUCUCUGCACCCAGAAGUUUCAUCUAACAGAUUACUGUCAUAGGAUUUUCAGAUUUUCUGAAAGUCUGUGCAGUUAUAAGCCAAGCUUGCAGUCUUGUUUUAAAUUGAUUAUCUCAUCUGAAUUAGAGAUUUUAUGCUUAAUGUUAGAAAUGAAAUUAAGAACUAAGAACUUGUCUGAGAUCUGUAAGACUGAACAUUCCCUAUUUUAUUGUUUUCCGGAAGUUUUAAUAGAGCUCUCCUUAAUUAUUUUUGUCUGUAGUCUGUUGUAGGUACCUCUAAGUGAGCAUGGAUCCAG